GGCUGCGUGGCGGUAUCAUCCAUAGUAAACCCGGAAUUCCGAGGCUGUAGCUGUUCCGCCUUUCCCCUGUGCGCCGUGUCAGCGCUCAGCCCCCGUCACGUGAUUGGUCCCUCCGCUUCCGUAGUGCCUGCAGCGCCCGUUCCCGGUCCCCGUUAUCAGAGAAGUUACUGACACUUACUUUGCCAUGUCUACCUCCAGCACGGCCCUCACCUACAACCAGGACUACAGCUCCGUAGGGGGCGGAGGAGAAUCUGCAGAGCUGGCACAGGAGGCCACCACGGGUGGCAGCUCCACACCGGCCGGUUUUGGGCUCUUCAGCGUGGACCUGAAAAAAAAUGAAGACUUAAAACAGAUGUUGGAAAGCAGCAAAGAUUCAUCCAAACUGGAGGCGAUGAAAAGGAUCAUCGGGAUGAUUUCAAAUGGAAAAAAUGCCUCUGAGCUGUUUCCUGCUGUUGUUAAAAAUGUUGCCAGCAAAAAUCUUGAGAUAAAAAAGCUGGUGUAUGUUUACCUGGUACGGUAUGCGGAGGAACAGCAAGACUUGGCUCUCUUAUCUAUUGCCACUUUUCAGCGUGGUUUAAAAGAUCCCAACCAGCUGAUUCGUGCAAGUGCACUGAGAGUCCUAUCCAGUAUCCGUGUGCCAAUUAUUGUCCCAAUAAUGAUGCUGGCUAUAAAAGAGUCUGCGGCAGACUUGUCCCCAUAUGUACGGAAGACAGCAGCACAUGCCAUUCAGAAGCUUUAUAGACUUGAUCCAGAGCAGAAGGACAUGCUCAUUGAAGUAAUUGAGAAGCUACUUAAAGAUAAAAGCACACUUGUGGCGGGCAGCGUUGUGAUGGCAUUUGAAGAAGUCUGCCCAGACAGAAUUGAUUUGAUUCACAAAAACUAUCGUAAACUGUGUAAUCUGCUGGUGGACGUGGAAGAGUGGGGACAAGUGGUGAUAAUCCAUAUGCUGACUCGAUACGCACGCACACAGUUUGUUAGCCCAUGGAUAGAGGAUGAUAAUUCAGAGGCAAAUGCUUUCUAUGAAUCUGAUGAGGAAAAUGAAAAAGAUGAAAAACAGAAAAAGCCGUACACUAUGGACCCAGACCAUCGGCUUCUCCUAAGAAACACAAAACCAUUGCUCCAGAGCAGAAAUGCUGCGGUGGUUAUGGCUGUGGUUCAGCUGUAUUGGCACUUGGCACCAAAAACUGAGACUACUUUGGUUGCCAAAUCUUUGGUACGCCUUCUCCGCGGUCACAGGGAAGUUCAGUACAUUGUUCUUCAGAACAUAGCAACCAUGUCUAUACAGAGGAAGGGUCUGUUCGAACCAUAUUUAAAAAGUUUCUACAUUAGGUCAACUGACCCAACUAUGAUCAAAACACUAAAGCUUGAAAUAAUGACAAACUUGGCAAAUGAAGCAAAUGUCUCUACCCUACUACGUGAAUUCCAGACCUACGUGAAAAGCCAGGACAAACAGUUUGCCGCAGCCACAAUUCAGGCAAUCGGAAGAUGUGCAACCAAUAUAUCUGCCGUGACUGACACCUGUCUUAAUGGCCUUGUGUACCUAUUGUCAAACAGAGAUGAUGUUGUAGUUGCAGAAAGUGUUGUUGUCAUUAAGAAUCUCUUACAAACCCAGACAGCUCAUCAUGGGGAAAUUAUAAAACACAUGGCAAAACUCCUUGAUAAAAUUACUGUUCCAAUGGCGCGAGCCAGCAUUCUUUGGCUAAUUGGAGAAUAUUGUGAGCGAGUACCUAAAAUUGCACCUGACGUUCUGCGGAAGACGUCGAAAACCUUCACUAAUGAAGAUGACCUUGUCAAGUUGCAGAUAUUAAACCUUGCUGCUAAGCUUUACUUAACCAAUUCCAAACAGACUAAACUGCUCACGCAGUACAUAUUAAAUCUUGGCAAAUAUGAUCAGAAUUACGACAUCCGGGACCGCACGCGGUUUGUAAGGCAGCUUAUUGUUCCAAAUGAGAAGAGUGGAGCUUUGAGUAAAUAUGCCAAGAGGAUAUUUUUGGCCCAGAAGCCGGCUCCUGUGCUUGAAUCACCUUACAAAGAUCGAGACCGUUUUCAGCUGGGCACACUUUCUCAUACACUGAAUGCCAAGGCUUCUGGUUUCCUGGAGUUAUCUGACUGGCCAGAAGAAGCACCUGAUCAGUCUGUGCGAAAUGUGGAAGUCGUUGAAUCGGCAAAAAUAUGGGGGCCUUUGGAAGGAAAGCAGAAAAAAGAGAAACCAUCUUCAGGCAAGUUCUAUUCAGAAUCUGAGGAAGAGGAGGAAGCAUCUGCAGCAUCCAGUGAAAAUGAGUCUGACAGUGAGGAGGAAAGCGAUGAUCAGGAAGGCAGCUCUUCAAGUGAGGAAGAGGAUGAAUCUGAGGAUGAGAAAAGCAAGAAAGAAGAUAAAAGUAAUAGUGAGUCUGAAGAUAAUGAGAAUGUGGACUCUGUAGAAAGUGGAGGUUCCAGUUCUUCAUCUUCAAAUGAAAGUUCAAACUCUGGUUCAGGAUCUGAAGAGGAUAGCGACUCCGAGCCACAAAAGCCUAAAAAUAUUACCAGCAGCAAGAAAACAGAAAGUAAGGCCGUCAAACCAAAGGAACCAACUAAAAAAGCUAUUUCCCUUCUAGACCUCGAUGACUUUAAUGAAGUAUCAACUCCUGUUGCUGCUCCCAAACCUGCAAUGCUUUCUCCUAGUUUAAUAGCUGAUCUUCAAGGUUUAUCCCUCGCCACCUCAUCGCCACUAAUAAGUGUUUCAAUGCCAUCUUUUGUCCCUACUAAGACAUAUGAACUUCUCCAUCGGAUGAGUGGCAAAGGUCUCUCUGCUAACUACCACUUCCCUCGUCAGCCAUGUAUAUUUGGAGAUCAGAUGGUUUCAGUACAAGUUACAUUUAAUAACACCAGCGACAAGACAAUAGAAGAUAUUCACAUAGAAGGAAGAAAGACAGAUUUGAAGAUGCACAUAUUUAACCCAAUAGAUUCUCUGGAGCCAGAGGGAUCCAUUACUGUCUCAAUGGGUAUUGACUUUUGUGAUUCCACUCAGACUGCCAGCUUCCAGUUGUGCACUAAAGAGGACCAAUUUGCUGUUGGAAUUCAGCCGCCAGCAGGUGAACUUCUUCUACCAGUUACUAUGUCAGAAACAGACUAUAAGAAAGAGCAAGCAAAGCUGACGGGUAUGAAUGAGAGUUCAGCCACUAUCACAGUAUCUACACAGAACAGCACUCCGCAGACUGUAGCGCACAAGUUUCUAGCCACUGCCAAUCUUGGAGUAGUGCCCUCCGGCCAGAACAAUCUACACAGGUUUGCAGCGAAGACUGUGCACAGUGGGUCAUUGAUGCUAGUCACAGUGGAACUGAAGGAAGGCUCUACAGCACAGCUCAUCAUAAAUACUGAGAAAACUGUGAUUGGCUCCAUUCUGCUGCGGGAGCUGAAGCCCGUCCUGUCCCAGGGGUAGCCAGCUUACAUCUGGACUUCAGAAUCUGGCACAAAACAAGACUGCCUGGCAUCCACUACUGCUGCCUUUCAUUUAUAAUAAUAGUCCUUCCAUCUGGCAGGAGUGGGAAGAAUACACUCUGUGCAAUCUUGUCUACUGCUUCAGAAUGCUAGUAUCUAUCAUAUAUGCAAGUCCUUGUGAUGGGGAACGUGCUAACCAAAGAUCAUGUGCUUCUCUGUCACUUAUCAGUGCUGUUAAAACACAUUUCCCAUUUGUUACAUCUCCCAUUAUCUGUAAGGAUUUUAUGUGUCUGAAACCAUUAUAACUCUGAUUUUUACAUUGGUGCAGAUAAGAUAAUAUGGUACUAUAGUGGAUCCACUCAAUGUGAUAGUUUCAAAUCCAUUGUGUUUUCUAUAACUGAUCCGCUGUUGCCGGAGGUUUCAUGAAGUACAAUUUGUUCUUUCUUUUUCAGACUAUUGAAUAAAAGUAUUAACAAGCAACCCAGUUGACCAAUAUUAUGUGUGAUUAUAUGCGCAGGCCAUAUACAAAAUGUGUAUGUAUGAUCUGAAAUAAAACAUUUCAACUGCAUC